AUGGCUUCUAAUUCAUCAACGGUCAGAUCAUCAGCACACCAAAAUCCAUCGUCUUCAGGAUACGCCACGUGGCAGCAACGGGCGUGGUUCACCGGCGGCUGCGCCGCCGUGACAAUUACCCUAGCCAGAUCAGUGAUUCUAACCGCCGCCGGCGCCGGUGCAUCGGACAGUUGGUGGCCAUGGAUCCUGCUCGUCGGCGCCGCCGUGGCCGGCUACGUCGCGUCGGACUUCAGCUCCGGCAUCUACCACUGGGCAAUCGACAAUUACGGCAGCGCCGCCACCCCUUUCUUCGGCUCGCAGGUCGCCGGAUUUCUCGGCCACCACCACCGGCCGGCGGAGAUCGUCGGCGAGCCCAUCGCCAGCAACCUCGAAAUCCCGUCGUCGUACGCGACGGUCGCCGGAAUCCCCAUCAACAUACUCUGCGGCGGCAACGCGGCGGCGUUAGGGUUCAUGGGCGCGUACGCGGCGGCGUCGAUGUUCGGGCAGCACUUCCAUAUGUGGGCCCACACGCCGAAAGGGCGGCUUCCGGCGGCGGUGGUGGCGCUUCAAGACGCCGGAAUCCUCCUGGGGAGGGCGGACCACGCGGCGCACCACCGGCCGCCGUUCGAUUGCAAUUACUGCAUCGUGAGCGGGCUCUGUAAUAGGGUUCUUGAGCGGUGGAGAUUCUUCCCGGCGCUGGAGGCGGCGGUGUUCGCCGCCGUCGGAGUCCGGCCGCGGUCGUGGAGCGAUCCUUCCCUAGUCAUUAAUGGAAAAAAUAAUUAA